GCAGGCGCAGCGUCAGCCCGCCCCCAGUCUUGAAGCCUCCCUCUCGUGGCCGCUGCCGUGCGGCCUGCGUCGCCUCCCGUAGUUAUCCGACCGGCUAUGGCCGCUCGUCUCCUGCAUGUCGCCUCCGCCGCCCUCGGCGACACAGCCGGCCGGUGGCUGCUCCUCGCCGGACCCCGCGCGGGAGCCGGCGGCCUCCGGGGGAGCCGAGGGCAGGGCGGGAGCGCCAGGCCCGGCCUGGGCGGCGGCGCAGCGGCGGUGACGCGGGCGCUGAGCGUGUCGGCGCGCGCGCCGAGCAGCUCAGAAGAUAAAAUAACAGUCCACUUUAUAAACCGUGAUGGUGAAACAUUAACAAGCAAAGGAAAAGUUGGUGACACUCUACUAGAUAUUGUGGUUGAAAAUAAUCUUGAUAUUGAUGGUUUUGGUGCAUGUGAGGGAACCUUGGCUUGCUCCACCUGUCACCUCAUCUUUGAACAGCACAUAUUUGAGAAAUUAGAAGCAAUCAGUGAUGAGGAGAAUGACAUGCUUGAUCUGGCAUAUGGACUAACAGAUAGAUCGCGGUUGGGCUGCCAAAUCUGUUUGACAAAGGCUAUGGACAAUAUGACUGUUCGAGUACCUGAUGCUGUGUCUGAUGCCAGAGAAUCCAUUGAUAUGGGCAUGAACUCCUCUAAGCGAGAAUAAAUAGGAAUAUUUUCACAACAUUUUACCUAUUUUUAUAAUUGUUGUUUCUUAAUGUAAUUAAAUGAGAACAUGGAUGAAUGCAUUUAUUAUUAUGACUAGAUUUAUUACUUUAAUUCACCUUGUGUAACUGCUGAAUUUUGUAGUUCUGAAAGAAUGUCUUUAUUUUGAUUAAAUUAUAAAAACAAAUCAAAUAUUAGAAAGUAGUUAAUAUGAUAAAACCUUAUAUAUUUUACCUGUGUUUGAUUAGCAACAUUAGCAAAAUGUUUUCACAUAAAUCUUAUGCCUACUUACCUAUAAAAUAGGUUAAAAAAAGGUAUCAUUAUCUCUGUUAGACGUGGUGGAAGCAGAGAUGUAAAAUGGCUUGUCUAGGACCAUACAACAAAUUAGAAGGUCAGUACUAGAACUGUAUCUUGUUAUUACAAGUUAAUGUGUUGAGAUCGAAAGUGGAGAAAUUAGGAAUAUCAUAU